CCCCACAGGCCCACACCGAUUUCCAGCCUGCUGCAUUUUACUUGUCUUGUCAAGUGCAAACAGAGAUUGCAAAUUAUUCCUUGAUAUUUUAGUUUCGGACUUUUGUUGUUGUGUCAUUCUCUGGUCAAUUCAUUUCUCGGUCAAUUGGAUUGCGACGAACAUAAGCACGGAAAUGUCCUCCUAAAUUGUGAUUGAUGCCUGCGAAUUUAUUUGUGUCAGUCGCUUUUCUUUCUAAACUCUAAAGUGCCAGGCCAUCAGUGUGUUGAAAUUCGGUUUCUUCUUCAUACAUUCAACUUUCGACAGUUAUUAAGUAAUUUUUUUAAAGAAAAAUUUGGCUUCUUUGUGGUAGCGUCUUUGUGCGUCUAUGUUGAUUUUUAUUUCAAAACAGUUCCAAGUCAACUUGAAUUCCAUCCUCGUCAAAUUGCAGAAACUCACCCAAAAAAGAAAGAAGUUUCGCGAUCGUUGGAGAGCGACAGGAGGGGGUGUCGAGAUAGAACAGCAGCACACGAUCGAGUCGUCCACAGUUAGAGAUAACAAUGAAAGCACGCAUGAGUCAAUUUAACUGGAAAAUUCAAGAAAGGCCCAUAAAUAGUAAUGUUGUUGGGACUGGCCGGGACUGGCUUGAAAUUGCGAACUCUUCUGCUGAAGGUGCAACAACCGCCGCCAUGGCCAAGAGUGGCCAACGCCCUUAUAGCCUACAAUCCGCGCGCGAUUCCUUUUCCAAAAUGACUAGCGAAAUGUUUUGAUAUUAAUUUCAAGGCCAAUGUCCGUAACCGGGGAACUGUUGGAAAACCCAGCCACCACCAAUCUUCCUCGAUCUUCCUAUAUGUCGAAGAAUCAAUUCAAUGUCGUGCAUCGGUCAUACACCAAAGUCAGAAAGAAAAAAGAUAUGCGAGCGAGAUGAGAAACCAGUUGCUGGCUCAUGUGAAUGUACCUGUAGGGAUGGGACUUUGGGUGUGGCCCAUAUCUAGGGAAGGAUUGUCAUGCGGAUUCGGACAGCAAUUUUCGGAGGUCUAAAUUGACCCAGCCGAAACAUGAAAAAGACACACUUGAUCGCCAAGUAUCAGCCCAGCAGCAACUCUCAUCCUCAACAUGUACAAGUCAAUGCCCCUUUGUUGGGUUUUGGCGACUUUGGCCGCUUGCGUCUUCGCCAUGGAGGCCCAGGAUCUGGAAGCUGCUGAGCAAUUCUACCACAUCCAUGGUGUCUAUUACCCAGCCUGGUCCGUCGCUGUUCCAGCUGCCGUUCCACCUGCUUAUGCUGUGGGUGGUCAAUUGGCCUCUUUUUCGUCCGAUCCCGAUCCCGAGGCCACCACCAAUAAAGCCACUGCUCCCGCUUCGUCUGGUAGCGACAAGAAAGACCAGCCUCAGCACGACACCACCAGCAAGAAGGACGUCCGUUUGCCACGGACCGUCCUGCCUAUUCACUAUGAUGUCCGACUCUUCCCCGUCUUGGAGAAAGGCAACUUUUCCAUUCUGGGUCAAGUGUCUAUCGACCUGCAAUGCCAAAUGGAAACGGACCGCAUAGUCCUCCACAGUGCUGACAUUGUCGUCGAUCCACAAUCCGUCAAGGUGAUUGAACAGGGAAAACCAGCUGGAAAAACCCUGACGGUUGCUAGCGACGGGAUCCAUUAUGAUAGGGAUAUGGAGUUUCUCAUCAUUCGUCUCAAAGAUAAGGACAAGCUGGCCAAAGGCGCCAACUACACGUUGUCGAUGAAUUUCGUUGGCAACCUGACCGAUCAGCUGCGGGGCUUGUACCGUUCUACUUAUAAGGAGGAUGGAGUUGAAAAGUCCAUGGCCGUGUCUCAAAUGGAGCCGACGGAUGCCCGCCGAGCUUUCCCGUGCUUCGACGAACCCAACAUGAAGGCAACUUUCACCGUCACUUUGGGUCGUCAUCGCGAUAUGACUGCUCUUUCCAACAUGCCGCUGAUCAAGACAACACAAAUGGAAGGCAUGGAAGAAUUUUAUUGGGACCAUUUCGCUCCUUCGGUCCCCAUGUCGACUUACCUGGUCGCCUUCAUUGUGGCCAAUUUUACGCAAGUCGAGGCCGACGUCGGCAACGCAACGUGGAAGUUCAACAUUUACGCACGCCCUUCGGCUCGCAACCAAACCCAGUACGCGAGCGAAAUUGGGCCGAAAAUUCAAACUUUCUUUGAAGACUAUUUCCAGAUUCCAUUUCCGUUGCCCAAGCAGGAUAUGAUUGCCAUUCCCGACUUUGCUUCAGGUGCCAUGGAAAAUUGGGGAUUGAUUACUUACAGAGAAACUGCGCUGCUGUACGAUGAAAAGAAAUCGUCGGUUACCAACAAAGAAAGAGUGUGCGAGGUAAUCGCCCACGAAUUGGCUCAUCAGUGGUUCGGAAAUCUCGUCACAAUGGACUGGUGGACGGACUUGUGGUUGAACGAGGGUUUUGCAAGCUACGCAGAGUACCUCGGCGCCCAACAUGUCGAACCAGGGCUGAAAUGGCUGCAGCAGUUCGUGACUAGCGAACUGCAGAACGUGAUGAGCUUGGACGCCCUUGAAUCAAGUCACCCCAUCAGCGUCGUCGUUCACCAUCCGAAUGAAAUCCACGAAAUUUUCGACCGCAUUUCUUAUGGAAAAGGUGCCACCAUCAUCCGGAUGUUGGCCGCUUUCCUCGGUGAAAAAACCUUCAGACAAGGACUUUCAAACUAUUUAAAAUCACGCCAAUACGGUAACGCCGUUCAAGAUGAUCUUUGGGACGCGCUAACUAAACAAGCGAAAGUCGACAAGGUCCCACUGCCCACCGACGUGAAACAAAUCAUGGACACCUGGACUUUAAAAAUGGGUUUCCCGGUCGUCACGGUGACUCGAGAAUACGAAAACAAUUCCGUUUUCCUCAGCCAGGAACGCUUCUUGAUGCAACGCUCCAACGCCAGCAGCCAGGACAAAACGGUUUACCUUUGGUGGGUACCACUAACCUACACGACAGACUUCCAGACGUUAGGAUCCACCUGGUUAGCUGACGGACAGACUAGCAAGAAACACGAACUGAGCAUUCCAGCCGAUAAAAAUCAAUGGGUCAUUUUCAACGUUGACCAGACGGGUUAUUAUCGCAUCAACUAUGAUUCGAAAAAUUGGCAGAUGAUUGGCCAGCAGCUGAUGACCAACCACUUGGCCAUUUCCGCCAUCAACCGAGCUCAAAUUAUGGACGAUUCACUUAAUUUGGCCGAAGCCGGCCUGCUGGAUUACGAAACUGCGCUGAACCUGACGCGUUACCUGGAACACGAAGCCGAUUACGUUCCGUGGGAUGCCGCCCUAGCGGGCAUGAAUUACAUUUCCUCAAUGAUGUCUCGCACUUCCGGAUACGGGUUGCUGAAGAAACAUUUCCGCACAAUCAUCAUGCCGCUGUACAACCUGGUGGGGUUCGACCAAAAGGUCGGCGAGGAUCUUCUAUUGACCAAAUUGCGUACCAAGGCCGUUUCGUGGGCUUGUUCCAUAGGCAACAAGGACUGCAUCAGCCGAGCUGUCAAUUCCUACGCUCAGUGGAUGGCCGAUCCUGAGAAUAUUGAUAUUAUUUCACCUAACCUGAAAGGCACUGUGGCGUGCACAGCCAUCGCGGAAGGCGACGAAGUUGAAUGGGAAUUCGCUUUGAACCGCUACAUGGCCAGCAAUGUGGCCAGCGAACGAGAUGUUCUUCUUACUUCCAUGUCGUGUUCAGAAAAGCCCUGGAUUUUAGCUAAGAUGUUGGAGAUGAGUCUCAACCCGACCUCAGGAAUCCGAAAACAAGACGCUGGUCGCGUCAUCAGCCAAGUUGCUUCCAAUUCACUGGGUCGCUACAUGACUUUCAACUUCAUUCGUGAAAAGUGGACGGAAUUGCGUAAAGUGGUUCCGACCAAUUUCUUUUCUUACAUUAUCAAAGCAGUGGCGAAGUCGUUCAACACCGAACUUGAACUGAAAGAAUUUAUUCAGUUCCGGGAGGACAGGAGUGAAGAGCUUAGUGGUGCGGAACGAGCUACUCAACAGGCGAUCGACCGGGCCAAGAACAAUCUCAACUGGAUGAGACAAAAUUACCAGAAGGUGGUGGACUGGCUUCAACGCGUCUACUAGAGUCGGCAACAGCACACAAAUCCUGAUAUUUAUCUGCAGUAGAAAUCUCCUCACUCUUUGCUUUUCUUCUUUUGGUUCCCCGCUACAUUUCACACCCCAACUAAUGAUGACAAACCACAUUACUGGAUGAUUUUCAGAGAUGAUUCCUUUUGGAAACUCUUAAGGAAAUCAGGAAUUCCCUUUGGUUAAUUACACUUCGUCAAUUAAACAUCAA